UCAUUUAAGCAAAGAGUAAUACAGACGGACGGACACUUUAUAUAACCGUUUUUGGUCCUUCGUUGAUAGGUGCAACGAAAUGAUAAAUUCCAUAAACUGAGUACAGCCUCUGUCACUGUGUAGCUUAGCCUGUACUCAGAAUUACAUCAUCACGUUUGACGCUCCUGCUUGUUCCAGCAGACAGAAACUGGGAAAGGGUUGGACGUGGAGAUGCAGAGUGUAGGAUAUUUUACCAAGCAUUAUUAAAAUACCGAAGCUCGGCGUAAUUAAUAUACACUUGCAGUACAGCUACAGUACAGGUGUACAUGUUUAAGAAAAGAUGGGUGAAGCAGAACACACACAAACUACAGGCUCAAGGCUGGGAGUUCAAGAAAGUGGUGGAGUCAGUACCCUGGAGCAUGGACAGAAACCACCCUCCUCACCUUCUGGAAAGCUAGUUUCCUUCAAGGUUCAAAUGCUUGAUGACACACAUGAGUGUUUUGAAGUGUCGCAAAGAGCACCAGGGAAGAUCCUACUUGAUGCUGUCUGUGAUAGCCUUAAUUUAUCAGAAGGUGACUACUUCGGACUUGAGUUCCAAAACAACAGGAAGUUGAUGGUAUGGCUGGAUCUCUUGAAACCUCUUGUGAAGCAAAUUCGAAGGCCCAAGCAUUGUGUGCUGAAAUUUGCAGUCAAAUUCUUCCCACCAGAUCCUGCUCAGCUCCAAGAAGAAUUGACACGGUACUUGUUUGCACUGCAAAUUAAGCGGGACCUGGCACAGGGCAGGUUGAUCUGCAAUGACAGUAGUUCUGCGCUUCUGAUCUCUCACAUCAUACAGUCUGAGAUUGGAGACUUUGAUGAAACCGUAGACCGUCAGCAUUUGGCAAGUAACAAAUAUAUUCCUCAACAAGAAACACUAGAAGAUAAGAUUAUGGAAUUUCAUCGCAGACAUAUUGGGCAGACACCUGCUGAAUCAGACUUCCAGCUCCUUGAGGUUGCCCGACGAUUGGAGAUGUAUGGAGUCCGAUUGCAUCCAGCUAAAGACAGUGAAGGAACAAAGAUCAAUUUGACUGUAGCAAACACAGGUGUCUUAGUGUUCCAGGGUUGUACCAAAAUCAACUCCUUCAACUGGGCCAAAAUUCGCAAGCUGAGUUUCAAGCGUAAACGGUUUCUAAUCAAACUACGUCCUGAUUUAAAUAGUGCUUACCAGGAUACACUGGAGUUCAUGAUGGCCAACCGAGAUUUCUGCAAAGCUUUCUGGAAAGUCUGUGUUGAACACCAUGCCUUCUUUAGACUCUUUGAAGAGCCUAAGCCAAAGGCAAAGCCGAUUCUUUUCACCAGAGGAUCAUCAUUCCGCUUCAGUGGAAGAACGCAAAAACAAGUUAUUGAAUGUGUCAAAGAAGGAGGAAUAAAAAAUGCGCAGUUUGAAAGGAAGCACAGCAAUAUUCGUUCCAUCAGAAGCUUGACAGCACAGCCUUGUGAACCGCAGUCUGAAGUGCCAAAGCAAAGUGCUAGUUUUACUUUUGGAGACAAGCCUGAUUCUUCCACAACGCCUUCUCAUGCAGCAAAGGAACUCAAAGUAUCCAAUGAAGAUGUUGGACAGAGCAGAACACCUUCUCCAAAGAGGAGCCCUAAAGAGGACAAGAAGGACCUAGUGGAUGGAACCAUGAAGGAACUGAAGCAACAGAGUAGACCUCAAAUGGAACAGCGGAGCACAGGGUCACUGAGUGGCAGCCCUCACCUUUCUGAACUGUCACUGAGUUCACCUGGAGGAACACCAGCCCAGAACACUGCUCUGUCUCCGAGCCUAAGUCCAGAAAUGAAGCAAGCUUCUCAUAUCUCCAGUCCAUUACUUAGUGAACCAGGCUGCAUUAGAAUUGAUGACGAGGAUGAAGUCCGAAGAAAGAGAUUUCCAACAGACAAAGCCUAUUUUAUUGCCAAAGAAGUAGCAACAACAGAAAGAACUUACCUGAAGGACCUUGAGGUCAUUACUGUGUGGCUUCAGAAUGCAGUUAACAAAGAUGAUGUAAUGCCAGAUACAUUAAAGAACCUUAUAUUUUCAAACUUUGACCCUCUUCAUAAGUUUCACUCUGGGUUUUUGAAGGAAAUUGAACAGAGGCUGGCUUUUUGGGAAGGUCGGUCUAAUGCUCACAUCAAAGGAGACUACCAGAGGAUUGGUGAUGUUAUGCUGAAAAACAUACAGAAUAUGAAGCAACUAACAGUUAAUUUGCAAAAACAUGAAGAGGUACUUGCUGAACUAGAGAGGGGGAUCCAGACCUCUCGAAAACUGGAGCUAUUUUGUAGGGAUUUUGAGUUACAGAAAAUAUGCUAUCUUCCUCUGAACACAUUUUUCCUCAGGCCUCUGCACAGACUUAUGCACUACAAGCAGAUUAUGGAACGUCUCUGCAAACACUACCCUCCCAAUCACGUGGACUUCAGAGAUUCUCGAGCUGCACUUGCUGAGGUUUCUGAAAUGGUAGGCCAACUUCAUGGUGCAAUGAUAAAAAUGGAAAAUUUUCAAAAGUUGCGUGAACUGAAGAAGGAUUUGAUUGGCAUAGAAAACCUUGUAAUUCCAGGAAGGGAAUUUAUUAGACUUGGAUGUCUUAGCAAGUUAUCAGGCAAAGGACUACAGCAACGCAUGUUCUUCCUGUUCAAUGAUGUCUUGCUGUACACAAGUCGAGGGUUGACCGCUUCCAAUCAGUUCAAGAUCCAUGGACAACUCCCUCUUUUCGGCAUGACUAUUGAAGAAAGUGAAGAAGAAUGGGCUGUGCCUCACUGCUUCACUCUGCGAGGCCAGCGACAGACUGUCAUCGUCGCAGCAAGUUCCCGUGUAGAGAUGGACAAGUGGAUUGAAGAUAUACAAAUGGCCAUUGCACUUUCCGAGAACUAUACUGGUCCCGCACCUGAGUUACUGGCCAGUAGUCCAACAGACAGUAAGCCCCCUGAAGAAACUAUUCUAGAGCAAGAAUCUGAAGAAGAUCUUAGUGCAUCACGAACUUCACUGGAGAGGCAAUCUCCUCACCGUGGUAACACAACAGUUCAUGUCUGCUGGCAUCGAAACACAAGCGUAUCAAUGAUUGACUUCAGUUUUGCUGUUGAGAAUCAACUUUCUGGGAAUCUGUUGAGAAAGUUCAAAAACAGCAAUGGCUGGCAAAAACUGUGGGUUGUGUUCACCAACUUCUGCCUUUUUUUCUACAAGUCACACCAGGACAGUCAUCCACUUGCCAGUUUGCCUUUGCUGGGAUAUUCAAUUACGAUUCCUUCUGAAUCUGAGAACAUUCACAAAGACUAUGUCUUCAAGUUACAGUUCAAAUCUCAUGUGUACUACUUCAGAGCUGAAAGUGAAUACACAUUUGAGAGGUGGAUGGAGGUGAUCAGAAGUGCCACAAGCUCAGCCUCUCGCACACGAAUCUUGAGCCGCAAGGAAUCUCACGCAUACUGACUGCCGUAUCUUCACAUGCUUUUUAGUUUUGCAUCCAUUUUACAGUUAAGAAGGGCACCUGAAGUUUGUAAAACUGUGAAUUUUUUUAACUCUUCAGAAGGUUGCAGUUUUGCGAACAUUCCUUAGAUGAUUUUUAGUUUCUUUUAAUUUUAGAAAUGAUUUCAUGUUUUUAAAGGGGAACCAUUUAAGGUUAUUUAUCAUUUUUUAAGACACCUGUCUACUCCAAAUGAAUAUCUACUGCGUAGGUGUGUGUGUGAGUCACCUUUUUGUAUAAAAAGUGUCCUUUUGUAACUACACUACCCAAGCAUGCUGAAGUUACUUUUGUGUGGGCUCUGUCUUGUAGUAAUACAGCCAAGGAGUCUGAUUUUUUUACACAUAACCAGAGUGCCAAACUAUACAAGUGUGUUUUUUUUCUAGUCACAGCAGCAGUCUACGAUAUUGUUAAAAUUACUUCUUGCAUUAUGUUACAUAUUUUAUGUCAUUUAAAUCUGUUGAUCAUAUGCAUUUUUAUCAUGGAAAAAAAUAUCCCCCCCCCCCCCCCCCCCCCAGGGUCCUAUAUUAGUAAAUACCCUUCUGUUUUUGAGUGCCAUCUGAAACUGCAUUAGUGGCCACAGAGACAGUAUCCUGUUGUUUUGUUUGCAGUGAUUAACAUUUCGUCACAUUCGGUGUGUCUUAAAAAUAAAAAUUGUUUCCCACAUCAGUAUCAGAGGUUGAGCAGACUUAAUUGUUGCGACAACUACUGUGUAAUUCAUUUGGACCUGGUGCUGGUCAAACCUGAAAUAAACUACCAUCUUAAUGUUGGAUUUGAGCCCUUGAGGGUUGGUCCCAUCCUCUGCUUUAGGAUCCUCUGAGAAUGAAAAAUGAAUGACAUUGUUCAGAAUAUCUUCACUUAAGCCCACACUGAAUGAUAGACAAUAAUCAUUACAGUUUGCUGUUUCUGUACAGAUUAUAAGGAGUAUACAAGGACUGCCAUUGAGAGACCUUGGUGUCUCUGGGACCAUGCAUCUUCCUCAAUGUACAGAUCCUGGUUUGCUAUCGGUACACUCACUGUUAAAGAACCCAGUUAAGAACAUGAAAAGGGAUGGAUUGCCUAUAGCAGAUACAUGCCAUCUUGCACAUGAAUGCCUGACUGUGUCUUGUAUGCUGGCAGCCCUCAGACAGAAAGACAGACCAUCUUCAUCAGUGAACUGAAAUGCUUCCCUGUGUUUCUUCAUUUUAAAGUAGUUAAACUUCUGCAGUUGUUCAUUUUAACAAGAAUCCAGGAAACCUAAACCCACAGAUAAUCAGGUGAUUGCAGCUAUAUCUUUAACAUAAAUAACCUUUCCGUGAAUUAAGAAGGAUUAAGAAUUCUUGACAUUGUUUUGAAAUCCUGUGCAUUGUUUGUAUGUAAAUGAUUUUUAAAAGAGUUAUUUGAUGUUAACAGCUGCCUCAUUGAGGUUACUUUACAGUAAGUACACUACAGGCAAUAAAUCUGUGUUUUUUAUACUGAA